AUGCCUCGAGAAGCAGAGCCUUCAUUAAGCGAACGGACAUUUACCCUUCAGGCCAUUAGUGAGGGAUUGCGACUGGACAGCCGAAAACUCGACCAGUUUAGACCUCUGGAACUCAGCUUUGGCGAUGAGUACGGCGUGGCAGAUGUAAAGCUAGGGAAAACAAGGGUAUUGGCCAAGGUAUCAGCAGAAGUCACAGUCCCCUUCUCUGAUCGGCCUUUUGAUGGCAUCUUUCAAAUCACAUCAGAGCUCGGCCCCAUGGUCGCCCCUUCAUUCGAGGUAAACCGGCCAACCGAGAUCGAAGUCCUACUCGCCAGACUCCUCGAAAAGACCGUCCGGAGAUCAGGGGCCCUGGACACUGAGUCUCUCUGUCUCAUCGCCGGCCAGAAAUGCUGGUCCGUCAGAGUUGAUUUGCACAUUCUAUCCGCCGACGGCAACCUCAUCGACAGCUCAUGUUUGGCUGUUGUAGCCGCCCUGAGGCACUUUCGAAGACCGGACACUAGCAUAGAGGGCGAGACGCUCACCAUCUACACAGCAGCGGAGCGCGAGCCCGUGCCGUUGAGCUGGCUGCAUUCUCCGUUCUGUACGACGUUUGAUUUCUUUGGUGAGGACGGCGAGAUUGUCAUGGUGGACACGACAUGGCUGGAAGAACAGCUGCGGGUGGGCAGCGUGACGUUUAGUCUGAACAAGCAUGGCGAGAUAUGCCAGAUUUCCAAGUUGGGAGGCAAGCCCGUGGAAGCUACGUUGAUAAUCCAGUGCGCCCAGACGGCGCUGGCAAAGUCAAAGGAGUUUACGGAUCUGGUUGAUGCGAGGCUGGCAGAGGAUGCGAAGAGGCGAGACAAGGGUGGCCUGAUGGCUGAAUUAUCUGCAGAGAACGAGAGAUGA